GCGGCACAAAAUUCAUAGUACAUGUGGCAGGUCUUUAUUGGAAUUAAUUGAAAAUAUUUUUCCGAUUACAGUCUCUUCUUGAACCUAAUCGACCCUCGUCUUGUUUUCAAAACUCACCGGCCGUAUCACUGUGAAUUCCGUUACGGCACCGGAAGCUGCCAUGGAAAGGUUUCUGUUGUUCGGAAUUUAUUUUUCUUCCCUCGAAUUUCUUUAUGUUGUUGUGAACUUCUUUUUAGCAAUUGGUUCUUCUCCCAAGUAUAUGCCAGUAGAUUGAACCUCUUUUUGGGUCAAAAUCGAAUAUCCUUUCCUAUCGAUAAUACGGUUUCUUGAUUCUUGUUUGUUUUGUGUACUAAUAAGCAUUCAACGAGAUAUGCAAGCAUUUUGUUGUAUGAUUGGCAAUCAAUACUCAUGAGGAGCUGAUAGUUUGUUUCUAAGGAUUAUGCGUGCUCCUUCGUUAGUUUGUCUUGCUUAUACCGUGACAUUUAACGAAAAUGUGAUUAAGUUAGGCGCGUGCUUAUCAUCUGAAGCCAUUGCAUGAAGUACUAGCGUGGAGUAAAGGUCAAACUAUUCGGAAGUUUUGACUUUUGAGAUUUGCAAUAAAUGGGUUCUGUGACUGAGUUUUCUUCUGGAAAUCCAAACCUUCCAUGGCUUUGGAUUAUUGAGUAUGCAGCCAGCUUCAAGCAAGUAGACACGUCUGUUUUACACGAUUUGGUUGAAAUGGCCCCACAGUUACCUGAUGAUUUAGCAAAAAAUACGACGGGAAUGGUUGCUUUGAGAUGUUUGGAGGAUAUGUUUGGUGAUGCAAAUGAACAUAUUAAUGACUUCCUUUCAGAGACAGAGGUGAAAGUUGGGUUUGCUUUAUCAGAAAGCUGUGAAGAUGUUCUCCAACGCAUACUGCAGGAGACACCAGCAUCAGAUCUUAAAAUGGAUGGACCAGAGUGGUUGAAAUGGGAUGUACAUCCCUUUAUUAUUCAUAAAAGAGCUUUUAUGCCUAAAUGUGCUUUACAACAGCUGAAAGAUAUGAUUCUUGAAGGUAAUAAUCCAUUGGCUGCCUCCUUGAAGGAAAGUAGUGGGCUGAUGUGUGUAAAUAGGAGUGGCAGAAUCCACACUGAUGAUGUCAAUCAUAAUGCAAGGACAUGGAGAUUUAAUGAGACUGGUGCUCAUGUUCAAACAACAUCUAUGAAUGAGAGCUUGAUCCUGCCAACCUGUGAAAAUGUGAAUGAACUAACUGGAGAUAAUUUGCAUAAUACAAAAAUAUUACCUUCUAAGAGAAACAGAAAAGAAUCAAAUACCUUGGCUGAUGAUGAAAAUAUGGCAGGGGACAUCAAUGAAAACCAAGGGGAAUUUGAUCUUCAUUCUAAUGUCAAAAACCUUAAGCAAGAUACAAAGUUUGCCAACCUAUCAAUUCAACAGCACUCGGUUCCUUGUUUGCAGUUGAUGGAAAAUAUUCCUGAAAGAAUUGUUAGAGUUAAUGAAGGAGAAGAUUGUGAUGUUGCAAACAAAUAUCAAGAUGCAAGCAUGGAGGAAAGCCAGUUUCCAGAGGAUGGCUGUGCAGAGAGGCUUGGACAGAAUGGACAGAAUGGUGAUCUUAAUGAUGAUCAAAUUAAGCAUAAUCAGACAAUAGUUAAUCAUAUUCCUGAUAAAAUGCCUCGAGGUACAUAUGGGGAUGAAUCUAUUCAAAAUGUAUUAUUGGAUGAUGUCAAUCUUACUGAACCAAGAAUAUCAAUGGAUGCAGCCUUAUUGCAAACACAGCGAAAUGACUAUGCAGAUGAGUCCAGAGGUCAUUCAGAGCCUUUGCAUGAAGAAGAAUUGUCAAGUGAUAAUGAUGAAUAUUUGAAUGAGAGAAUUGAUGUUGCCAAGAGGAAGAGUCGUUUCUUCAGCUCCCAAUGCUUAGGUAAUGAUUUCCUGGCAGCAAGCAGCUUGACAGAACAAAACCUUUGUGUGAAAUGUAAUAAAGAUGGUCAGUUGUUGGUUUGUCACACAAGUAGUUGCCCAUUGGUGGUUCAUGAGGAUUGCUUGGGUUGCCCUGCAAACUUUGAUGAAACGGGAAAUUUUUAUUGUCCAUUUUGUGCAUAUUCCCUUGCAAUUUCUGAAUACCUUGAAGCUAAGAAAAAAGCUUCCAUAGCAAGGAAGAGAUUAGCUGCUUUUUUUCAUAAGAGUUUGGAGCAGCAUUCGAAGGAACCUGCUAAGGAGUUGCACGGAAAAGGGCAGACUCAUUCAAGACAAAAUGGAAACAAGGAAAUUUUUGAGAACAGUCACUUGGGAGGGCGAGAACAUAACCAAGUGAAUCUAAAUGGCCAGCAUGUACAUGAUCUCAGUGAUCAUCUAUGUCAGGAAAGUAUCGGUAAUAGGAAUCAGUCAGAGCCUUCUGCAUCAUGUUUCAAAAACAAUUUGCAUUGGAGUGAAGAAAUGGAAAAUGUAGUUAGUGCAACAGUUUGUGUUUCUAACAGAGAAAAGGUAGGGAAAGAGAAUACGGUUAAAGAGUUCCCAUCUUUAAAAUUGCUUGGAGAACAACAGGAUCAAGCACAGGCUAAUUGGAGGUCUGAUGAUGAUAAUUUAACCUGUAGAGAUAUAGUUGUAGCUCCUGUGGAUCUGAGGGAUGCUGAAGGGGAAAACGAUAUGUUUUCAAAUUACUCUAUACGUGUCCGCAGGCAAGAGAGACAGUAUACAUACCCUGCAAUUCCUCAGUUGAGAAGGAAAAAAGUUCCAUGGACAGCUAAAGAGGAAGAGAUGCUUAAGAAGGGGGUCAGGAGAUUUACUACUAGUGUCAAUGAUAGAAAUAUUCCAUGGAAGAUGAUUUUAGAAUUUGGUAGUUCUGUGUUUCUGAAAGGUCGUACGGCCAUAGACUUGAAGGAUAAAUGGAGAAACAUGUGCAAAGGAAGUCCAAGAGCCAAAUGAAAUGUUGUCAUCGCCCUCAUUUUUCUCAGGUAAAUACAUUUUACUAUCUUCUCUGCAUCUCUAAUAUUAUUUCAUAGUGGACCAGUUAAUAGUCAAAGAUUAUGUCAAUAUAAAUCUGACGUGAUAUACUUGCUGUAUGCAAGUUUUACUCCUAGAUCACCAUUUCUGUAAAUGAUUGUUAUCUACUUAAUAUGGAAUCUACGAGGAAAAGAUCUUGUAAGGA